AUGCCAGCCAGUUUUUGUGGAAAGCGAUCAUCUCAUCCCACCUACAGCCCACCUACCAAACGUUGCCGUCUUACCACACCAUGUGUUCGGCCUUACAUUCGAACAACUGUACACAAUGAAGAUCCUUAUGCUACAGCUAACCUAGCUAACACUCUCAAACAGCUUCAAAAGGAGGCAUCUGUUCGACAACAGCGACGUGAACAAAGCGAUUGUGUUAGGCGAGCCUCUAUUCUGUUUGAUGUCUUCGGUUAUGUAGUGCUGCUUCCUCGCUUGCAAAAAAAAUACGAAGGAGCGCUUACUAUUAAUGAUUGGCAUGAUGAUGUUCGUGCUCUUCUCGAGCGUGAUUUUGAACAACGACCGCUGAGCAAAGAGCAGCAGGUGCUUGUUCAACAUGUGGAAAAAUUGGCUACGUGUAGAGAUUUGUUCACUUACGAGCAAUGGAAAUGCCUCCUCACCCUUAAUCUGAUGGCAGGAGCAAGUGAAAAAGGAGACAAAAUGAAAAUAAUUCAUCGUUGUGAAGUUGAGAAAGUCAAAGAACUAGCAACCCGCGUUCUUGAGGGAGCCAAACAGUCAACUGUCCUUCGACUUGUGAGUUUACUUGAGGACUCCAACUAG